GUUCAGACACGGAGAAGGACGAGAGGUGGGAGUGACGACAGUGAAGAAGAUACUCCACGGAAGACAAGAACCCCGGCCAAGAAUACAGGCAGGCGACCUUGUUCUUAUGGCAAGAACUGCUACAGGAAGAACGUGGCCCACUUCAAGGAGUUUUCUCACCCCGGUGAUUCUGACUACAACUCUGAGACCGAGGACAGGGACGAUGGAGAGGAUGACGACAGACCUGAGUGUGAAUUUGGCAUCAAAUGUUACAGGAAAAAUCCCCAGCACAAGAAAGACUUCAAACACACACAGGAUCCAGAUGAAGAUGAAGAAGAAGAAAGACCCAAGCGAAAGGUUGCACAGAGAACGGGAGGUGCAGGACAGAAGAGAGAGAGCGAUGAUGAUGGUCUGCCCAACACUUACGACUACAACGACAGUUUCCUGGCUGAUGAAGACGAGGAAGCUUCAGAACAAUCCAGUUAUGGGGCUGGACAGGUGAACAAUGAUGAGGACUCUGACUGGGAACCCGAUGAUGAAGAGAUAGAAGAGUUGAAGCAUCUGAAGAAAGAAGCAAGACGAUUCGUCACCAGCAAGAAACUUCAACAGCCCACCUAGCUUUUUUUAUCGCUCGGAAUGUGGUACUGUAUGAGAUUUUGUUUCGUUGAUUUUAACACUAUCUUUUCUGUGCACUACUGAUAUUUUAUGAUGAACUACAUUAUACAGUCAUGUUUGUAUCUGUUUUGGUAGAGAUUGCAAUUUGGUAGAAUCAGCACUAUUAUCGGUAGAGGUAGCAAUCAGAAGAAACUCUGACUCAGUUAACAGCAUAGUCUGGUAAAAUUGCUGAUUGUACUGGCAAAGAUCGUGAUUGCAACCUCAGUCCACAGAGACUCCAACUGUGAUCUCUAUCGGCAGAAUCACUGAUUCUGCCAGUUUGCAAUCUCUACUUUGACAUGUACAU